UUGAUAUAAAAUGAUAUAAAAUAAUAUAAAAUAAUAAAAAAUAAAUCGACAAAUAAUGAAAUAAAUAAAAACAGAAACUGACUAAAACGAACUCUACCGCUCUCAGAAAGCCUCAAAUAUCCAUGUAUCUUCGUUUUCUACGUUACUGUUCCAUGAAUAAUUGAAAGGUUGAGGGGAACCACCAGAGACCAAAAGUGCCUACAAGCGUAUUUUUGCUUUUUAACAGAAAAACCUGAAUGCAACAAGUAAAUAAGCAUUCUUUAGACUAUUUUCUUACUACAGAGGAAUUCAAUGAGCAGAAUGUGGACGACUUAAACGACUUUAUCAAAAAAUCAGAUUCUCUUUCCUUGUACUACGGUGACAAUAUUAAUGUCAUUGUAUUCGUUCCUAUUGAAAAGAAUGCCGACUUUGCAGUAAAUCCGUCAGUGAAAGUCACUGAUUCCUUCCAAAUUACUGGUACCAUAUCAGAGGUCCACGAGUCACGAAAACAACAACAGCUGAAACGACAAAACCUUUCUGUGUUUCGUGUUACCAAGGAGAACGUCCCAGCUUCUUUUGUUCAUGAAGUAAAUGAUGAAUGGAUAGCCUUUUGGACUUUUCAUGUUACAAUUGACAAGUACUAUGAGUUUAGACACGGCGAACUAGAAAUUCGAGUCAACAAACUUUCAAAAGGCGAAUUUGCUACAAUCCAAACAGACGAGUUGUCAGAUAAUCAUUUGCGGAGAAAGAGUUCCAUUAGAGAAACCGUUGAUUCUUAUCUAAAUGAAGUUACUAGCGACACAAAGGAUGGUCAUGACACAGACAAUAGUGUCUCUGAUGAUAAUGAAUUUGACGACGAUGAAGAUGACUCAUUUAUUAAUGAAGAGAAUGAAGACUUCAACCUUUUUGGCGCCUUCUCUAACGAUAAACUCUUUCCAGGAAAAAGCCCGACGAUCGCAGGAUCCAUUGUAUUAGGGUCUCUGUCAUCGUUAACACUCGGAACAAGCCAUACCAGGAUGGUAAAAAAACGGUUCUCAUGUUAUGCACCUCUUUCGUUCACUUAUAAGACCUUUAUGCUUGACGAGUUUUCCUGUCUUAUCAGCAUCGGAAUACGGCCAGUUGAAACCAGCAGCGUACUCAGGCUUCUAUCUUUUGAACCGAUGUCAUCCGACUGUAAGGUUUCUAUGUUUAGGAUCAAUAAAUCCGAAAACGAGCUUUCGCUCUUCCCGGGUGAUAUGUUUUCUUUUACAUAUAGAAUUAUAUCCAGUCAACCACUCUCUUCCUUUCAACUUAUGCUCAAGUCGCAUCUUGAAGUCGUUCAUCCAUCAAUAGCUGGAACCACCUUGAAGCAUAACAUUUCUUUCGGCUAUACUCAUACAAUCACUUUAAAAAAGGAAAAAGACAACACACUUUUACGUCACAAAAAAAGCACAUCGAGCUUAAGUGCUAUUAACUCCGUUCCGGUUGUACAAAAAGUUAGCUGCCGACUUGGAUUCCCGCAGUUGAUUCAGGUUGGAGAGACAUUCGGUAUAUCAGUGCGAUUUUACAACGCAACAGAGCAUCCGAUAGAGCUCCAUGUUCAGCUGCCGCCGUUUUUUUACAGGGAAUUUCUCAUUCCACUGGUCGAACAGCAUUCAUCCACAGACUCUCGAGAUGCUCAGCACUCAUCCAAACCCAGUCCCGGCAUCAUUGCGCUCAGCACGACGAUAUCGACAGGCUUCAUCACCCCAAUGGCCGAGAAAAGCUUGUCACUCCAGUUCUAUCCGGUAAAGCCCGGAUUCUACGACUUGGGCAGCAUCAAGUUCAAUUGCCCCUCGAACUCGCCGCAUCUGUGGAAGCAGUUGCACAGCGACCUAAAGAUUCUCGUGGAAAGCUCCUAGCAUUUAUAUAAGUAAGUGGUCACAUAAACAAUUAUUAUUUUUGAAUUUCCUCGCAAUUAAAUUUACCUCAGAAAUGAAAAGUCAAAAUACAAUUAAAA